CGUUAUAGUUUGUCGGCACCAGUCUUUGCCGGUCGUAUUAUUAUUUUUACCUCAAAAAAAACUUGUUUUGUUGCAACAAUAAUAAUAAACCACUAAAAUACACAAUGGCUCCACAACAGGUAAAUUUACCCAAUGAAGAUCUCGAUUGGAUACAAAUGCGCCAAGAAUCUGGGCCAGUGUUUCCCGAAUCAACAAAAGAAAAAAUGAUGCGUAAAAUUAAGGAAAAUCCCUUAGUGCCCAUAGGUUGUCUUGCCACCGCCAGUGCCUUGGGUUUUGGCCUCUAUAAUUUCCGUACAGGCAAUCGUAAAAUGUCACAGAUGAUGAUGAGAGCACGUAUUUUAGCGCAAGGUUUCACUGUAGCCGCUUUAGUUACCGGUGUUGUGAUGACUUAUGGCAAAAAAGAUUAGGGAGGGAACUCUAUGGUUAUAACUAUGGGCUGGUUCCUUUCGAACUAUUAACAUUUUGUAGCUUUUAACGUUUUUUUUGAAGCAAUGGUAACUGUUUUAUUUUUAGUUGUAUUUAAGAUUUUUCGGAGAUAAAAAAGUAUUGUUUUUGUAACAAAAUAUUCGAAAUAAAUGUUUUGUAAAUGUAA